AUGGUCGUCGCCUACUGCGGGGCCCUGGCCACCUUCCCGGACUACUGGUGGACCUGCACGCUCUGCUUCGGCAUCCCCUUCUCCUACAUCGCCAUCCAGCAGAUCUACAUCGAUCACGAUGUGAUGCAUGGCGCCACAUUCCCAGUCUACGAGUGGCAGCGCUUCCUCACGCAUCCGUUUGCCGACUUCUUCUCUUUGCCAUGGGAAGAGUUCGUCCUGGAGCACAACAGGCACCACGCCUCGACCGUGGACCUGCUGAUCCAGGGCGAGUUCGGCUGGGAUCCCGAGGAGUUCCACUACGCGCUGCAGCAGUGGGCUGGGCCAUGGAGCUCCAACUGGUACAAGUACCUGCUCACGGUCCCCUUCAUCCCCGUGAUCCACUUCUUCGGUCUGAACGACACCGGCUCUCUGUUCGCCUUGGAGUGGUGGAUGCACUUCCCGGACGAGGGCGCGGGCGGCAAGUGCAACAAGGAGUUCUGGAGCAAGUGGGUUCCCCGCCGCGUCAAGCACAACGCUUUUGUGCUCUCCCUGUGGGCCUGCGUCUGGCUCCUGGGAACUUACCCUCUGGGACGUCCCCUCAGCGAGGGCUGGCGCUUCCUGUUCACCGUGUCCUUCUUCGCGCGCGUCGGGUUCUCGGCGGCCUGGAUGUUCAUCACCAACUUCACGCACUCCCUCCCCUGGAACGAGUUCCUCGCGCAGGAUCCGGGCCGCACCUGGCCCGUGCUGCACAACGUCAUGGCUAUGGUGUUGGGUGGUAAGCACCGCUGGAAUGAGAUGCUUUUCCACGACGCGGCUUGGUUCUCUUUGAGGCUAUUGAGCCCGUCGCUUCUGAACCUGGAUUAUCCCGUUUAG